CCCUUGGUGACCUGUCGAGAACCUCCUCACGAUGGAAAAGGACGAUCUGGAACCGCGACCGCAGCCACUCAGACCUCCGCUUCACACCCGCAUACGAUGGCACAUAAGAGAUGGACUUGAUUACUUCAACGAGUUGAACUUCCCGCGUGUCAUGUACCAUCUGCUGUCCUUUGUCUACUUCUCCUUCAUCCUGUAUCUCACAUACUACGUGCUACCCUUGCCUGGACACUGGACGCCCAUCCAGCAAUCCGACAAGAUCCCCAUUAUCUCUCAGAACUUGAACAGUUACUUCGGGUCCUUUCAUGGAUUCUCCGAGUGCAACAUUCGUGCCCUUGACCUGUAUCAGCCUCCCUCACAGGAUCCGCCACUCCAGGGUGCCCCCAAUGUCUACUGUCCUCGCCGCAAGGAACUCCUGGAGGCCUUGUCAGGAGGGGGUCGGAUCGGGUUUGAUGCGCCCUACUUCCCAAGAGACUGUCAUUACCGCUGGUACUCGGUGGAGGAGAUCUGCAUGAUCCUGGAACGCUUCGACGCCGUUGUCUUCGUGGGCGACUAUAGCCUUCAGGCCGUCUACAACGGACUCAGCAUCCUUCUGCGACAAGACUUGACGCACGGCGCCCUGCGAACUUGGGACAUGGACAAGGAAAAACUCCGCCAAUGCAGCUGCGACAACCAGUUCACCUCGCAGACCUGCUCCGAGCACUUCCUCACGUCCAGCCACGACCUCACCAGCCACCCCCCAGGCCGAGCCGACCACCCUUACCUGUGCAGCCGCACGGCGCAUUCCUUCCUGGAGAUCAGCGCGGCGCCGGCCCCGUCCUCCGUGACGGAAAAGUUCAAGCAACUGGUGCCUCGCGUGGCACGAUCGAACUACCACCCGGUCGCUAUCGUCCACGGCGUGUCGCCCAACACCGCUCCCUCAGACACCGCGAUCGCCUCGCUCGAGGAGUUCUUGGCCCUGGCAGACUCGUCGCACCGGAAGACGCCCAUGCUGUGGGUCGGCCCCGCCGCUUCAGGCCACACCGAGAUCCGCGGCCGCAAGGGCAACCAGGAGAUCUGGGACUUUGACCGCCGCCUCGCCGGCGUGGCCGAGGACAACGACGUCGACGUGCUGCGCAUGUGGAACUUGACGGUGCAGGCCAACAGCUGGGACGGGAUGAGGUUCGGGGAGAAGGUCGCCAUCACCCAGGCGAUGAUGGUGUUGAACUGGCUGGCGAGGUUGCCGUCCAGCUGAGGAGGAAAAGCGGCAAUAGAAUGAUGAUUUCCAAAAGGAAGCGCACAAGAACCGCUCAUGUCGUCGGACUGGGUGGAAGGGAUUACUAUCAACGGUCACAG